CCGUGUCCCAGCUCUCCCUGUUUCCUCCCGCAGGCGUGAAUGACAGAGGAGGUGCCGCCGAGCGCCCUGACGGAUGUGACCCUGCGCCUGCUGUGCCACGAUGACAUAGACACGGUGAAGCAGCUCUGUGGAGAUUGGUUCCCAAUCGAGUACCCUGACUCAUGGUACCGAGACAUCACUUCCAACAAGAAGUUCUUUUCCCUCGCAGCCACCUACAGAGGCUCCAUCGUGGGGAUGAUCGUGGCAGAGAUCAAGAGCAGGACCAAGGUGCACAAAGAGGAUGGAGAUAUCCUAGCUUCCAAUUUUCCUGUGGACACUCAAGUUGCUUACAUCCUAAGCCUUGGAGUGGUGAAGGAGUUCAGAAAACAUGGAAUAGGUUCCCUCUUGCUUGAGAGCCUGAAGGAUCACAUCUCCACCACUGCCCAGGACCACUGCAAAGCCAUCUACCUGCACGUGCUCACCACCAACAACACAGCAAUAAACUUCUAUGAGAACAGAGACUUUAAGCAGCACCACUACCUGCCCUAUUACUACUCCAUCCGAGGGGUCCUCAAAGAUGGCUUCACUUACGUCCUGUACAUCAAUGGUGGGCACCCACCCUGGACAAUCUUUGACUACCUACAGCACAUUGGCUCCACACUGGCCAGCCUGAGCCCGUGCUCCAUCCCCCAGAGGAUCUACAGACAGGCCCAGAGCCUCCUGUGCAGCCUCCUGCCCUGGUCUGGCAUUUCUGCCAAGAGCAGCAUCGAGUACAGCCGGACAAUGUGACGGACUGGGGGCGCACGGGGAGCGCAGGAUUGUUUCUCCUUCCACCUGACACCCGGCUCUGCACUGGUUCCAGUGAUGACAGCUCUUGGCCGGUGACCCAGCCCCCGGACGGGACUCCCUGUUCCUCAGGGCCUGACCUUUGGUAGAACUUCACCCUUGGGGCUGCAGCCCCGGCUCCCCACGUGGGCGGGGCAGGCCGGGCCGGCGGGCCCCUGGUGUCACCACUGGGUGUGCCCUGGGUGUCACACUCGGUGUGCCCUGGGUGUCACCACUCGGUGUGCCCGGGUGUCACCACUGGGUGUGCAUGCUGCACUGUCCCCGCCUCUCCCCUCGGUCUGCUCCUCCCAUACCCGCGAUCGAUGUCGGGGUGGGGUUCAGCUGCUGCUCCCACUCCAUCCCCAGCUGCUCAGAGCAGCUGAAGGCGGUUCAUGGGUCUGCACUGAGGAACCACUGAAAUGGACUGGGAGAGCCCAGCUGCCCAGAGGCUGCCCUUGCAGCUGGGGCAGGGCAAGGGAGGGAUGGGAAUCAUGUUUAGGUCCUGCCACAUCAGCUGCUGGUGCAUCCUGUGGGAACUGCCAGGGAGAGCAACUGCCUCGCAUGAGAACCCACCCAGCCCCACCAGCCCUCUGGAGUGAUGUAAAAAGAAGCAUAUAAUUCAGGAUGCAUAAAGUAGAAGGCAGGGAAUGAAAUUGCUAUUUCAUAGUGAAAUAUAUAUGUAUUAUACUGUAUAGAUCUUUCUGCCUUUGUCCAGGAUGGAAUGUAGCAGGGGAGGGGAGCUGGGAGUGUAGAGUCUGGUCCAGAGCCCUUCUCCCUUCCUUGGCACCAGGCUGGACUUUGCAGGAUCUGGAGGGAUGGGAUGGGAUGUGUGCACAGCUCCCAGCAGCUUUCCCUUGCUGAGGAAGGUGCCCCAGCUGUUCAGUGUCCUGCCCUGGGCUGUGCUGGGCAGGCUCUCAGUGACCCUGGCCUGUCCAGGAGCCUCUGGCUGCACUGAGUGGCUCACGUGCAGCCAGGCCAGGGCUUUGCUGUAUCCCCAUGGCAAAUCCCCCUGCCCUGGCCAAGGCUCUUUCUCUGCUCAGCACCGUGUUCCUGAUUCCACCCUCAUUUUUAACUGGGACUGGAGCAGAGGGAUCCGUGCCAGAGCAGGGCCUGGAUGGGCUGGCACUGCCAGCUGUGCCAGGGGCUGAGGAGCCCUGGGGGUGACACAUGGCUCAGGCUGGGCCUUAGAAGAGCCAACAAGCACCUUGCAGCCUGGGUGGGCACAGGAAGCCCUAUCAGUGCCCAGCCCCGGGGUGGGAGCUCAGUGUCUCACUAAUAAAAGGAUGCAGAUGAGCUGCUGUGAGUGGUGCCAGGCUGGAGAGCAGCUGGCACAUUUGGUGUUUGGGAGCAGCACCAGGCUCUUCUGGGAGGUGCUGCUCCUUCUGGGGCUCAAAGACAAGGUAAAGGGGUGUUUAUGAGGAGUCAAACAGGGCAGUGAUGGAAAGCCCAGCCUGUGAGACCCUCAAGCCCCAGGGUGCCAGGGCUGCCCUCGUAGCAGGCCUCUUCCAUCCCAUGUCAUCCCUGGCUCCCCUCUAGUUCAGCAGUGCCAGUGGCACUGGGCAGGCAGCUCCUCCCAGCCCCAGUGCCUCCUCAGGGCCCCUGACACCCUUCCAGCCUCACUUGUUACCAGUUUGGGGUAUUUUUGCUUAUCCACUUUUCCUUAUCACAUCUGUUGGUUUAGAGUUUCUUUAGCAGCCCAAGCCCGUUUUUUCUCAGCACUUGCUUUCUGUGGGCCAGAAUGAAGCUGUUCUCUCCUGACUGCCUGGGGCUGAUGUGUGUCUGUGUCCCCAGUUCCUCUCCUGCCCCUCACACAACCCAACUCCACUACUCGAGCACGUCCCAAGGCAGCUGUGACUGGUCUGUGUGUCCUCCUUCCACCCUGUCCUGAGGAGUCAGCCCUGUCCCCCCCUUAAGCCCAUUAUUUAUUGAAGAACUCUCUAAACAUCUCCAAUUAAACCAAACCUCUUUUUUGA